AUCCGUCUCUCCGCCAAAGAAUCCGUUGUCAAAGAGGUCCACGAGAGGCCGGCUCGGAUACGGAAGUACUUGACGCGGACGAACCUACCCUCACACAUCGAGACCUACGCUGACCAUGUCCCCUACUCGAAGGUACGAGAACGCCUACAGCCUUCUUCCUGGAUGUAUUAAUCAAUGUGUGUGGGACGUUGGCGAUGACGAUACACCUGAAAUUGGCGGCGAUAUCGCUAUCCAUCUGAGCUGCUCAGCGCCCUAGAUCAACUAAUGUUACUGUCGGCUCUAGUCAGCCGCAUACGCUCACUCGUUCAUCACCUCAUGUGCGACUUACCUCUGCACCCGGCGCAGUCUGACAUCGACAGCGGCACGAGCGUGUACGCCAGUUAUUGUAGCCAGGCUUUGGGUGCGGCGUAUAACCCAGAGAGCGUAGGACAGCCGGCUCCUACAGGUGUCGCUGAAACGGGGCCCAGCAGUGUUGGUGGAGCGACUUCGCGACCAACGUCAGCCAUCGCCAAGCAGUCGGGAACUUCCGAUUCGGACUCCACGAACACCGCAACGGCAGCCCCAAGUGGCGACGAGAAAAUAGCCGGUUUGAGCAAAGGAGCAUUCGUUGGUGUUGUCGUGUCAGCAUCCUGCAGCGUUCUUGGCUUGCUGUUCGGCAUAGGCUUCAAGAUCUACAAACACAAGAAGCAGACGAAGAUGCAGCGGCAGCAUAUAGGGGCGUCUAGAGUUGAAUACACAAAGGAAUAAGACACCAAAGUCAGUGCAUCAGGCUAUGGCUUCGCGGGUCAUCCAAGGGCCGAUCAAUACACUACGCAUGGCUAGCCCAGAAUGGUUAAGAGCAUAAAUUAUACUCUCAGCAAUCUACCG